AUUUCUACAAAUUUCUUCGUCCCUGUUGUUCCCACCUGUGCGAGUUUCCACUACAAUCAUCACACACUGUUCACAAUAAUCACAGUUACUGCGAAUCUUUCUACUCAAGCUUCAGAAAAGUGCUUCUCAGAUUCGUUGCUUUCACCAUGGAGGAACAAAUCCCGUUUAAGAAUCUCCAUAGCCGAGAGUAUUCGGGUCACAAGAAGAAGGUGCACUCUGUGGCGUGGAAUUGCAUUGGCACAAAACUUGCUUCUGGCUCUGUGGACCAAACUGCGCGAAUAUGGCAUAUUGAACCACAUGGGCAUGGCAAGGUCAAAGAUAUCGAACUGAAAGGUCACACUGAUAGUGUGGAUCAGCUAUGCUGGGACCCCAAGCAUGCUGAUUUGAUUGCAACUGCAUCGGGUGACAAGACUGUUCGCUUGUGGGAUGCUCGAAGUGGAAAAUGCUCACAACAGGCAGAACUUAGUGGGGAGAAUAUCAACAUCACUUACAAACCUGAUGGGACUCAUGUAGCUGUUGGUAACAGGGAUGAUGAAUUAACAAUACUGGAUGUUCGGAAGUUCAAACCAAUUCACAGGCGCAAGUUCAAUUAUGAGGUAAAUGAGAUUGCUUGGAACAUGACAGGCGAGAUGUUCUUUCUAACAACAGGAAAUGGGACUGUGGAAGUACUGUCUUACCCAUCUCUUCGGCCUCUUGACACUCUCAUGGCUCAUACAGCUGGUUGUUAUUGCAUUGCAAUUGAUCCAGUAGGAAGAUAUUUUGCUGUUGGAAGUGCUGAUUCCCUUGUCAGCCUGUGGAACAUCUCAGAGAUGCUCUGCGUGCGUACCUUCACAAAGCUGGAGUGGCCUGUCCGGACAAUUGGCUUCAAUUAUACUGGGCAUUUAAUUGCUUCUGCAAGUGAAGACUUGUUCAUUGAUAUAGCCAAACCUAUCAUUACCCUCCCCUUGAAGUUUCACCUUGUCCUCAAGGUGAAAUUGAGGGAACUCCUUGCUGAUGGCAGUUGCUACUUCCCAGCUAUUUUUGAUGGCCAGAAGUUGUUGCCACUUGAUCAAAACUUCCAUUUCACCCUGGGCAUUUGUUCCUGUAUCCAGCAACGCUUAUGGAGAGACAUCUAAAAGCAAU